AUGAAGAUUGCUACACUUCUCCUUACCGUGAUCUGUGUACCGCUGGUCUACAGCAAGCAUGUCGAAGUAUCCUUUGGCUCCUCCAAUUCCACAGCCUUUCCAUCAAGCCUUCUAGAUCGUCGCGAUAGCGCAGUGAGCAUUUCAUCUACCAACGACAAAGCCCCCACCUCCGAGCCGAAUCUAGUCCAGACUGCUGUGGACUUUGACCCCACCGACUACGCGAACGAUGCCAGCUGGGACAAGUAUAAGAAGAAGGGCAACUGGCUCCGUUGCCUCAUGGAAAUGCCAGACGAGGUCGCCGGCCGAAACUGGCCCAACUACCUCGACCGCAAUCCGCCAUCAGCGGCAAGCCAGUGGAAGGGAACACUUGAAGCCGAACUAAGGGAUUGGUACUGGCAUGAAGCCUACUAUGACCCGGAAAUUAACUGCCACUUUUCGGACGACUUCGCAAACGUGGAGAUUCAGAACAGGAUCGAGGCUGCGCUGAGCGACCUUGGAUUGGAUACCAAGCCGGUGGAGUUUGGUGGCAAGAACAAGUGUUACUCUAUCGAGCAUAUGGAAGAGGACGCCGUGGACGAUGAUGGUUAUGAUCUCCCGGUAGACAUGCAGACUUACUUCCUUGACAACGACCCCGACCACAAAGAGUAUGGCGCUACUGGAGCUUUCUACCGCUUCGCCUUCAACGCGGAACAAGGAGCAAUCUACGGCCACUACUUCAUGGCCCCCUGGCCCGCCGCCAUGGACAACUACGCCGAAGGCUUCCCGGUGGACCAACUCCCCGCCCUCCGCCAAGCCUCCGACAUCCUCGCUGCCUACUGGCUGCGCAACCCCAACCCCAAGAACCUGAAAUACUGGUUCGGUAGCAGCAUCAUCAACACUGAAACUGUCCCCGUCAUCGACCGAAUUCUCGUAAGCAAAGGCUACAACGAGGUACCAGAGUGGCCAGGUCUCCAGGUCGACGAGUCCAGUGAGGAGUAUCACGCACUGCUAGGCACACCCGUCGGCGCAAACAAAGCGUUCACGCUGGUUCAGCACAAGGCGGAAUUAGGGUUGAAACAUAUUCCCAGUAUUACGAUUUUCCGGGAUAAGAAGAAUCCUAAGCGCCCGGACGAUGCGCCGGAAUACCAGCUUUUGUUUCGCAUUGAAGAUGUACCGCAGGAUGAGGUUAUGCCUGAUGAUACGGAGAUUGUGGAUCAGGAGAUGACGGGUUCUGCGUCCCGGAUGAGGAGGGGAGAGAGGAGGAAUAGUUUGGUGGAGCUGGAUUUGGGGAAGAAUGUUGGGAGGUUGCAUAGGGUGAGUAUAGAUGGGCGGGGGGAGACGAUGUUGCAGAGCCAUGAGUUUGAGCGGGAGUUGUGA